CCCCCCAAAAGUUGGGAUGCUUUUCUUUACCCAGUGCUUUGGGGCUGUGUUGGAUCUCAUUCACCUCCGGUUUCAGCACUACAAGGCUAAACGGGUUUUCUCUGCUGCCGGGCAACUUGUCUGUGUGGUCAACCCCACGCACAACCUAAAGUAUGUGUCCAGUAGACGGGCCAUCACUCAGAACUCCACAGAGCAAGGUAGCUUCCACCCACAUCAUCUUCCCCACCACCAUCGCCACCACUGUCACCAUAACCACCUGUGCCACCAUGCCCGCCCCCGCCACCUCAACCACCAGGAGGCAGGGACGCACAGUGCUCAGGUGACACCCUGCCUAUGCCCACUCUUCUCCUGCCAGUGGGAAGGCCACCUGGAGGUGGUGGUGCCUCACCUGCGCCAGAUCCACAGGAUCGACAUCCUGCAAGGGGCCGAGAUAGUCUUCUUGGCCACGGACAUGCACCUCCCCGCGCCAGCCGACUGGAUCAUCAUGCACUCCUGCCUCGGCCACCACUUCCUCCUGGUGCUCAGGAAACAGGAACGACACGAAGGGCAUCCCCAGUUCUUUGCUACCAUGAUGCUGAUCGGGACCCCCACCCAGGCCGAUUGUUUCACCUAUCGCCUGGAGCUCAACAGAAACCACAGGCGUCUCAAAUGGGAGGCCACCCCGAGAUCUGUCCUGGAGUGUGUGGAUUCGGUCAUCACUGAUGGGGACUGCCUGGUUCUCAACACCUCACUGGCCCAGCUCUUCUCUGACAACGGCAGCCUCGCCAUUGGAAUCGCCAUCACCGCAACCGAGGUCCGCGCCACGGAUACCGAGAUGUGAGGCCGGGAGCCGCUGGAUACUCACGCUGCCUGUGUACCUUGGACCUCCAGAUAUCAGGACAUUUUUAUUCCCCCUUCCUUCCUUCUUUUCUUUCUUUUUCGUCUCAGGUAAUUUGUGGUAUUAGUAUUCAUUGGCCACGGGCAUUCUGUUAUGUAAACAUUUGUGAGUCAAGGUCUUGGUGUGAAAUCUGUCCUGUGUGUUGUUGGUACAGUUCGGUAGAACAUUUGGAAGAUUCUACCAGAGUAGUUAUUUCCGGCCACCGCUAGUCUCUUUCGCUACUGCUUCCACGGGGAGCGAACGCCAAGAAGCGGGGCACUGGGGCUAACGGGAAACUUGGCUUCCCAACAGCUCCUUUCUUCUCUUUUCGGGCGUUUCAGGUAGAGCCUGACUUGUCAUGGCGGAGGCAGCCAGCUGUGACUGCCACCUUUCCAGGAGCCUUGGGGUCAAAGCUAAGCUGCAUGAGCAUGAGGGACAGGGUUUCCUCCACAAACAGUGGGGUCACCUAGAGGCGCACUCUGGAUCAGAAGUGGUCACCUGAUCCGGGGCUGGGGUCAGCCAUCGGAUACAAACCCUUCUGUUUUUCAGGUUCUGGCCUCAUUCCCUGGCCAUGCCAUUCCCCUUUGCUUUGCAAUUAAAGCCCAGAUGUUCUUGGUGCCCCUCUGAAAAUCGCCUCGCCUCUGGGGAGAGCGGGAUAGGUAUGAUGCAGAAGAAGAAUGGCAAGGAAAAAGGCGGCACUAACACGCCUGCCUCAGCAAGAGAAGACGCUUUAAAUGCAUAAAUUAUAAAUCCAUCACUCCCCCCCCCACACACACACACAUGCACACACCUUUUUGUAUCAGACAGAGAGCCACUCUGUUCUUGAUGGUGUAUGCAUAAGACCCAUCAUCAAACACGGGGACCCUAGAAAGAAGCAACUAGAACCUCCAGCAUGAAGAGCUCACCGUGACACACUCUGGGCCUCCCCUUUUCUGUCCUUACUGACUCACGUGCUCUGUAGCCCUGUCCAGCACAUAAACAUGGCUGUUCAGGAGUAAGUUUGGCAUAGGCAGAAGGGAACCUCAGGAACCUGCCUCACCUCACCCUCCGUUCCCUACCCCCACACCCCACCCACCCACUCCUACCCUCACUCCAUCCCUCACCCACCUUCGACCUCACCCCUCCUACCCCCCACAUUUUCACCCCCCCCAGAGGUUACUGUCUCUUGUUUUGCCAUUAGGACAAAGCAUCAACUUUUGGGGAAAGGCCUUCCUGCACUGGAAGGAAGUGGGGGUCUUUGCUCUGCUUUCUUUCUGUUCUUAGUUGCACACCUUAAAGCCUUCCUAGUGGGGUCACAUGUCCACAGCGUCCUUUCUGUCACUGUCAGGUGCUAGGGGAAAGCAUGGCACCCCAAACCAGCACAGCUCUCUAGAAGGCCGUAUGGGCCUUUCUCCGGCUCACUCCCUGACCUCAGGCACACCUGGGCCUGACUGGCCUCUCAGCAAACACUGAGUUUCAGGCAGAUUGUCCUGGCUGCCCAUAGCUAUCUUUUCUCCACCAAAACUAAUUCAUCUUAAAAUACACUACCCAUCCUCCCAAACGGGUUGAUUUUCCCAGCCGCUUUUGCUGCCUGCUGAGCCACACUCGAAGCAUGCGUUUAUAGAACUAUGAAAACACAGCUUUUCUUCCCAGUCACCCAGUCCUCGCUGCUCGCUGCGACUCUGAACCGAGGCUUCAUCUAUCCAGGGCCUGAGCAAAUUCACUUUGCUCACAGAGUAUCACGAAGAAGAAGCUGGGAGGUAUCAGGAAGCUUGUGUCCUGUGGACUCCAGGCUCUUAGCCUCCAACCACGCCUAGACCCAAGGCUGGCGUGUCAGUUCUUGGAGAGACCACUGGUAGGGCCCCAUUCCUGCUACCCAGGACCCCCCCAACUGUCUAAAGGCAUCAGAAGGCACAGUUCCUCCCCUAGCUUCUGAGGGUCAUUUGUAACAUCUUAAGUGUCCCAGCUCAACAGACACACAACACCUCACGAAGAAUACAUGACAUAUAAUGCUUGCAGGCCUCGGAGUUCUCACAGCAUUGCCUUGAUCUUGCUACUGAGCCAACCUAGGAAGGACUUCCGGCUGUCGUAACUGCACACUGUAUUCAAGCGAGUGACUUGAAUGCCGGUUCCUAGAAAUCUCCAGAAGAAAGGUUAGGAGACGUGUUCUUUUCAUCCAACUAUGGUGCUCCCAAGACGGACGGCCUUUCUCUUCACACUCAUGCGUGAAGGACAGAAGACGAAGGUGCAAACUAACAAGCUAACACCGGUGCAUUGGAAACAGAAGAGAGGAAAAAAACAAACCAUGUUUGAGUGUUUUUAUCACCCAAAGGCUCCCUCCUUUAGCCCUGAAUAAAGCCCAUCACUCUCCUCAAUACACAGGUUCAGAGGCAUGCCGUGACCUUCUCAAGGUCACAUGUCAGACCACAAGUAAAACUCCACUUUACCAGUUCAGACUUUGUAUUCUCCAUAGAAAGAUGACUCCCUGCCCUCGCCCCCACCCACACUGUUCAGGAGGGUCUUGCUUCAGCAGUGGAUUGGAUACUUAAAAACUGAAUGGGUGAGAAGGAGAAUCCACAGGGAAAGGCUGGAGGGAAAUCCGCUUUUAGUGGCGUCUUAGCAUUGUGGAAGUCCACUGCUCCCGGGGAGGUGGGAAGGACGAGGCACAUGGAGGUCUCAGGGGCCCAGUGUCCUUUGGCCUCCGUCGCCCACUCUCACGCCCCUUGUUCAUAGAUUCUGGAACGUGGUUGUCUCAUUCAGGCCGAAACACUCAGCUUAGUGAUACUUACUCUCUGAGGAGUGUUUGUGUUUUAAUAGAGGGUGUAGGCAGACAGACAGGAGCACUUAAGAGACACGAGCUGUCUGUAUUUGAAUUGGCAGCUGUGAGCAGUUUGUUUAGAAGGUGUUUAAAGAGAAGCAUGCCUCUCCUUGAGUCUGAGCCUAAAUGAAUGACUGGUGGAGGUUUAGCAAUACAAUGAAUAUCGUUCCUAACAGCAAGUACGCAGUGAGCCUGUGCCUGGAACAUAGCUAACAUUUCUGCGGGGUGGGGAACAUUUAGAAAUGGAACAGGAUAGUUGUCCCAGUAGACUUUGUGGUGGCUGCCAACUGAAAGUUCCCUAUAUAUUGACCCAAGGGGAUAAGUACUUGGAAUAUAUUAUCCACAUAAUCUUCAAAACAGCCCCGUGAAGCUGCUGCUGUGUGCUGAGAUAGACGAGAAACUGCAGUUAGCAACUAGGAAAGCUGGCUCCAUAGCCAGGCUUCUAACCAGCCUCACCUGUGUCUUUUCUAGCACCUCGUGUUCCAGAGUCUCAGAAGGACCCAGUCAUAAAGUCUGAAGGGCAUAGAAACCCUGCUUUUGUACUUCAGCACUAAAUGUAUCCUUUCUCUUCUUUUCGUCUCCUUCUCUUCCAGCUCAGCAGCUGACUUGUAUUUCACACGGUUACAUUUUUAGAAUUUUGUAGGUCAGU